GGUUUAUUAACACCAAUAUACCAACUGGAAAACUAACCGAAGAGCUACAAAAUGACGAUUAUUUGAUGUACGUUCUGAGCAACCAAAAUAAGUCAAAAUGAAGACGGGGUCAUCCCCAUCAUUUGCUCACCCACUAACGCCUGGGUUGGUGCCAUCCACUUUUCCAUCAACCGGUGCUACCAGUUAUAUGGAGGAUUUUGAAAAUAUCAUCGCCAGCGGCAAAGAACCGGUAAUGACCAAGGAGUACAAACCCCAAGUGGCCAAUGAGUUUGAGCGGUACUUGAAUCCACAAACAUUAAAACGACAUGUUUUUCGCAGCGAAAAAGUGCGAAAAAUUAUCGAGCAUUACGCGCAAGCGAAUAAUUGUCCAGCGAAGCAGAUCGAAAAGCAAGUGAAGGAGAUCAUCGAUGAAAUCGGCCUGGAGCGUAACUUGCCGAUUAUACGCUGGUGCGGUAUGGCCAUAACGGCGAUUUCAAAACGCAUCCUCUCGGGAAUUUACGUGAAUUCUAAAAGUAUUCGAACAGUUCGUGAACAGUUGGGUCGUAAUCCUGUAUGCUAUUUGCCCAGCCAUCGUAGCUAUAUGGAUUUUGUGCUAAUGUCAUACAUUUGCUUCUAUUACGACAUUGAAAUACCUGGAAUAGCGGCCGGAAUGGACUUUCAUGCCAUGUUUGGCAUGGGCACAAUGCUGCGUAAAACCGGUGCUUUCUUUAUGCGUCGCUCCUUCUCAAAUGACGAACUUUACUGGGACAUCUUUCGCGAAUAUAUGUAUUCAUUGAUCUCCGUUUAUCACAUCGGUGUUGAGUUUUUUAUAGAAGGAACGCGCAGUCGCAACUUCAAGGCACUUGUGCCGAAGAUUGGAUUGCUCUCAAUGGCAUUGCUUCCCUACUUCACCGGGGAGGUGCCAGAUGUUACCAUUGUGCCAGUCAGUAUAUCCUAUGAACGCGUACUCGAGGAACAAUUGUUCGUCUACGAACUUUUGGGUGUGCCAAAGCCAAAAGAGACAACUAAGGGCUUCUUCAAGGCGUUGAAGAUUAUCGAUGAACGUUUUGGCAAAAUGUACCUGGAUUUCGGCGCACCGAUUUCUGUGCGUGAAUUCUUUGGACAUACGGGAGCAGAUCGUAUGCAACGGGCUGCCGUGGGUGCGCAUUUGCAAAAGUUGGACAAGUGCGAGUUAGAUUUGAUAAAGAAGCUGGCUAACGAGGUAAUUUAUCAACAGCAACGGCGCAUCGUUAUUAGUACGUUUAACCUGCUAAGUCUCUACUAUGCUAGUCAAUUAUACGCAGAACAUUCGGUUAACAUUGAUAAGUUAGCGUGCGGUAUUAGCGAGCUGAAGUAUUUGUUCGAGGAGUUGGGAGCUCAUGUUGCCACCGACUUGAAUCGUCUCCAAGAGGAAAUAGUCGAAACCGUUGAAAUACAUUCGAAUAUUGUACAUUUUCACAAUGAACGACUGCAAUUUACGCAGGUCGCCGCAGCGCAGCUGGCACAGGAGAUCGAUACCAAAAGACUGAAGGCACAUGCGCUACUGCCGCAGAUCAUGGCUGUUGCUGUGCCGGCUCUAACAUUACAGCUGUAUAUAAAUCCCUGCAUGUUUUGGCUUGCGCGCCCGUCAUAUCUUAUACUUGCUGCACUUCAAUUGCGGAAAGAGCAGCAAAGUCACACAGACAAGGCAAGCCAAGCGCUUACCAGCAGCUAUUCUACGGUUGUAGCAAGCUUGUCGGAACGUGUCGCUACACUUGAUGAUAUUUUCAAGCAUGAAUUUAUAAUUGAAUCCAACAGGGACAUGGAGGAAUUCGAGCGAAAUCUCAGCUUACUAUCGAAACAUGGCAUGCUGACAAUAGAAUCCAAUAACGGUCAAAUCUCCUUUAACGAAAACGAAACUACUAACGUUAUACUGUCCUCGUUAGCGCCUUUUCUAUGCGUAUACUACCAACUAGCAGUAACCGUUAAUGAGUUUCCCACCCCUAGUUUGGCAUCACCUUCCAUCAGUGAAAUUUCCAAUGAAUUUAGCACAAAGGAUAUACUUAUACACAUGCAGCAGCGUAUAGAGAAACUUCUACAACAACAGCAUGCCAGGAAUGUACAUCCUUAUUGUCUGGCCCUGGAUAAUUUAAAUAUCGCAUUGUACUCAUUUCAACAAGCCGGAUAUCUGCUUAAGAAUAAGGAAAAUGGCAUGCUGCAGCAUUCUUCUGGUAAACCGUUAAGAUCAUUGGAAGCAGAACUAUUGUGCUACUGUCAGUUAUUGCCAUUUCAACAAUACUAUAGAGCAACGAGCGAACAAAUAAACUCCGUGCCUUCUAAGUUAUAACUAUUAAAACAACGUAGCAGAAGUACGCUGGUGGCACAGGCCAAGAAUUGUCAUGUCGCUUUUGUUUUUUUUAUGUUAGUUUUCAUUUUGCCAAUACUACGCUUAAUAAUCGACUUAUUCGUUUAGUUCAAUUAGAAUAUUUUCUUGAGCACAAAGUAGAAGUUAGUAUCCCUAUAUGCCUAAAUAAAUGUCCUGAAUGGUAAAUUGGUCAUAAUUGGGCGCAGAAAAUAUUCAGCCAGUAAAAGCUUGAUAUACAACGUAUGUAUAAGCAA